AUGAAGCUGAUAGUACCGAGUUUAGCUGCGGCCACACCGUCGAUACGGACCACUACUACUACCGAAUCUCCCAUUAAUGCCAUGUCGCUCCUCAGCCACUACUCAAUACACCACGAUAGCCAUGUUUCCCAGUCAUCCUCGAAGAAACCGAAUCCUGCUCGGCGUGCUCGCAGAAUCUUCGGCUCAGGCACCCACAGAAAGGCAGUUCUAGAGCUUGUGACGUUGGCGGGUCCUGUGCUCGUCGAAGCAUCGCAGAUGACGCAGGGAAUUCCUUAUGUGGAGUGCCUCGCCAAGGUCAUCGCAUACAUUGUCAGAGCAAACAGCGAGAUGGAGACGGUCGCAACUACAUUUUCUGUGUUAGGGGAGCGAGUCAUUCGGCUCCAGGGCAUCAUUCUCGACGUUUACGAGGAUAUGAAGAAACAAGAAGUUUGCCCAGAGGACUUUCGCAAGCCACUCAGGCUCCUUGAAGAGUGCGAGCAAGACGUAAGCAGCGCAAUAGAGGAGUUUAAUACUCUCCUCAACAUCCGUCAGGCGAUUGCUACAGAGCAGAUAAAGAGGUCGUUGUCAGAAGUGAAGAGUAUGACCAUAAGCUGA